AUGUACAAACAAUCGAAUCCUGAAAAAGUGAAAGAAUCUCAAAAAAGAGUUAAUGCAGCAUACAAACAAAGGAAUCUUGAAAAGGUAAAAGAAUCCCAAAGAAGAGCUAAUGUAGCAUACAAGCAAUCCAAUUCUGAAAAACGUAAGGUAACGUUACGAAAAGCAGACGUUUUAUACAGACAGUCAAAUCCUGAAACAGUUAAGGCAUCAGGGCAGAAAUCUAGUGCAAUGUAUAGGCAAUUACACCCAGAAAAAGUCAAAACAUCCUGGAAAAUUUCAACCAUUAUAUAUUGCAUACAGACAAAAUCAUCCAGAGAAUUAUAAAGUAUCGCAGAAAAAGCAAUAUUUAAAAAGAAACUUAGCUACUAGUGAAAACGAAACUGACCUAGGACUGAGUAAGCACAAGAGAUGUAAAUGUAAUCCUGAAUCGCAAAUAAACAUGUCAGAAAGUAUUGCACUGUUUCAUAAAAACAUUAAUGUUGGUCCGGAAUAUAUUUGUACAUGUUGUGAACAGUUAUGGUAUAAACCAUCAGUUACUAAAUGCAAUCCUGAUUUGUAUAAAUCUUGUUCAAGAGAAAUUCUUAAUUUGUAUGUUACUACUGGUAUUAAAAGUAUCGAUGACACUGAAUGGAUAUGUUCUACAUGCCACUCAAACCUUAAGUCUGGUAAGCUUCCAAGUUGUGCAAAAGCAAAUAAAAUGACUUUCCCGGAAAAACCUGAUGUUUUAAAGAAUUUAACACCUCUGGAAGAGAGACUUAUUUCGCCAAGAAUACCUUUUAUGCAAGUACGAGAAUUGCCUAGUGGAGGUCAAUUAAGUAUUUACGGUAAUGUAGUUAAUGUACCAGCUGAUUUUAAUUUAACUGUCAUGCAGCGUCUUACCAAAGACCAUGAAUCAAUGAGUCACAGACUAUUCCAAUGAAACUGAAACGCCGACUUAGUUACAAACACCAUUACCAAUUUCAGAACGUAAGACCAUCUAAGGUUUUAGAAGCAGCUCGAUAUUUAGUUGAAACAAGUGAUAUAUUUAAAAACGAGGGAAUACAGGUAUUAGAUAACUACGUAACAGACUAACAGAUCAAGAAAAUAAUGAUGAAGAGUGGUCAGAAUUUAGUGACAAGGACAAGACGGAAACUUCGGGUAAUUUGUCAAACAACUUGAAUACUCAAGAUCAGAAAAAUGUACAAACGCAAACAUGUGAUAUCUCUAUCGACAAUGACACUGAUGAUGAGUGGUGUGAAGAAACAGAACGACCAUCAGGUGUUAUGGAUACAUUAUUACAAGAACCUGACAUUACUCAACAUGGUGAUAGAAUAAUCAGUUUUGCUCCUGGCGAAGGAAAUAGACCACUUGGAUUAUUUAUUGACAAAGACUCAGAAUUUUUGUCCUUCCCCACUAUUUACUGUGGCAAACGUCGAACUGAUAAUAGUGAAAGGCUUGUACCUGUUCACUAUAGUACAAUUUGUAAAUGGGAUUGCGAAGUAAAGACAGACGGGUUGCACAGUCUGUUCCAAACAUAUUUUACAAAUUGAAAAAACUGCAAAUCAAGCAAGUUCAGGGAAGUGCAAGUUUAUCAUUACGUAAAUGUAAAACUAAAGGUAAAACGUACACAGCUGGAGAUUUGAAAUCAGAAAGUUCUGUUAAUAAGUUAAUUAAUUUAGAUGAAGGCUUUAGAGUUUUCAGGAAUUUACGCGGUUCACCUCCGUACUUCGAAUGAUGUAAGAAAGACUUAUUUGCAAUGAUUCGCCAGCUUGGAAAUCCGACCUGGUUCUGUUCCAUCUCAGCCGCUGAAACGAGAUGGAUUCAUUUGAUCAAAAUUCUUGGCCGUCUUAUUGAUCAUAAAGACUAUACUGACGAUGAAAUUAAGGGAAUGACUUGGCAGAAAAAGUCAGAAUUGAUACAGAAAGAUCCAGUAACAUGUGCAAGAAAUUUUGAACAUAUGGUGCAAUUAUUUAUCCAUAACUUUAUCAAAAGCUCAAAUCAUCCAAUCGGAGAAGUCAUUGACUUUUUCUAUCGUGUUGAAUUCCAACAACGAGGUUCACCACAUAUCCAUGGAUUAUUCUGGAUUAAAAACGCCCCUGAGUAUGGAAAAGACUCUGACGAUUAUAUUGCUAAGUUUGUAAAUAGUUAUGUUUGA